UUCAAAGUGAGAUGCACAUGUGUAAACGUAAGCGAAAAGUAAACAUGGAAAUCAAUAAAACAGAAAUUGAAGAAAAGCCAGCCAUACCUAAAAUGACAUACACUCAAAAAGUAUUAUCAAUUGGAGAUGACGAAAGCACAGCGAGCGAAAAAUCUGUUGAGCACCGUAACGUGCAUAUUUUACAAAAGAGUUUCAGAAAACAUUUAUGCCAGCUCUUAACUGGGAGCCGAAUACCCAUCGAAGUGGUCGAAGAUUGGAAUAGAGUGGAUAGAUUUGGAGUAACUAGUAUUAAAAAAGAUAAACAGCCCAGACGUUAUCAUUUUUAUCUGGUACAUGGGAAUAUUUACAAGCCGGGUGAUAUUUUCUCUGAGCCGGUAUUCGAUGGAAAGGCAAUCAUGGAGGUUGUAAGGAAUCGUCUAAAUGGUGAGAAUUGGAUAUCAGUAAACGUCAUUGAAACACCUCUCAGAACUAAAUUCGAUCGUAUUCUAUACCACAGCUCCAAUCAAUUCAUUCAACAAGUUGUUUCGGAUGCUCUGAACACAGAAGCACCGAAACUCUUUACGUUCCUGCAAUUCUUACAUAGAAAUAGGCAUAAAUAA